UGUUGACAGGCAGUAGUUGGCGGUACUUUAUAAAGCAUUGUUGUUUUAAUUGCAAUGGCUGUGUGUUAGUUUUAGUGCGAUUGUAGUUUAGUACGCAUAUAAGAAGUUACAAAUUUAUUAAAAUAUUCCAAAAUGGCAGAAGUUUGUAAUGCGCAUAAAAAGUCUAACAAUGUUCGAUUUAAAUGCAAGAUUAAUGGCAUGGAAGGAAAAACUCCGUUUUUAAUCGGAGUUGCUGGCGGAACAGCGAGUGGAAAGUCUACAGUCUGCAAACGCAUAAUGGAAAAGCUUGGGCAAGCUGAUAUGGACCACACUGAGAGGCAGGUCGUCUGCAUCAGCCAAGACAGUUUCUACAGAGAGUUGACACCUCAAGAAAAAGUUAAAGCAGAGAAGGGCAAUUUCAACUUUGACCACCCAGAUGCUUUUGACAAUGAACUUUUGUUGAGGAUACUCAAAGACAUUCUCAUAGGAAAGAAGUGUGAAAUACCUGUGUAUGAUUAUGUCACUAGCUCAAGGGUGCAGAACCAGUUCACCUCGAUAUACCCGGCUGACGUCGUCCUCAUUGAGGGCAUUCUGGUGUUCUACUUCCCUGAGAUAAGGGAACUAUUCCACAUGAAGCUCUUUGUGGAUACAGACUCGGACACACGUCUGGCUCGAAGAGUUCCUCGUGACAUAAAGGAGCUUGGCCGAGACUUAGAUCAGGUUCUCAAUCAGUACAUGAACUAUGUGAAACCAGCUUUUGAAGAAUUCUGCUCACCUACAAAGAAGUACGCAGAUGUUAUCAUCCCACGUGGAGCAGACAAUACUGUGGCAAUUGACCUGAUAGUUCAUCGCAUCAAGGAUAUUUUGCAUGGCAACGUACACCACUUGGCAAACAGCCGUCACACUAGCACAAAUUCUAGCUCGGAAACUAUUAGCAGAUAAGGUAUCCCCUGUUGUUUUGGAGCAUUCUCCUCAGUGUGCUGUUAAUAGAAAAUGUUGCAACAUUUCAACUGUGUCUGCAUCUUGUUUAAAAACAGGACUAAUGUAUCUUAACUGAACACGAGGGGUAAGCUAACUAAACUUCAAGUAAUGAAACCAGUAUGUGGCUUACAACUACACUUUACAUUCAUAUUUUGAACACAUUUAUCUGUUGUGAGGUGUGGGGGUUUGUAGUAUUAUUUUUUUUUAAACAACUCUGUGAUAUAAGUUGAAGUAUUUUUUGUGUACUUGUGUUCAAUAGUUAUCUUAAUAUAUUUUACACAGGUUAUAAUUUUUUUAAAUUUAAUUCAUUGUUAGUAUUGAUAAUAAAUAUUUUUAUUUGUAGGAUCUUGCAUCAGUGUAUCUGUAAACUUGAAAUAUUUUAUUUAUUUGAUUUUUAUUAGUAUAACUGUUUUUUUUCCCCACUUAUUUAAUUUUCAUUGUUGUGUGAGAAUUGUGCAAGAGAUAAACUAUGUUAUACGUGUUUGUGAAGCACUGAGAGUAUUUUUUUUUUUUUGCUCUUAAAAAGUUUGGAGGGAUAAUUUUUUUUUUUUUUUUUGUGAAGGUAGGUUCUUGUACUGUGAAAGCAGUCAGAUGAGGUGUCUGAAAGUGCCUCACUUUAGUUCCUAAACAAAUUUAAAUUGUGGUAACGUUAACCUUAAGUUUGGAAAAUAAUGUGCAAGUUGUGUAUAAAUUUAGCGUUUCUGAGUCUCUGCUCUCUCUCUCUCUCUCUCUCUUUCUCUUUCUCUCUCUCUUUCUCUUUCUCUCUCUCUUUCUCUUUCUCUCUCUCUCUCUCUUUCUCUCUCUCUCUCUCUCUUUCUCUCUAAUGUAAGGAAUUUAGGUUUUAACUGUAUUUUACUAUUUUGUAUAAGCCAUUACUUGGGAAUUAUUAUACAAUCUGCUGAAAAUCUGAGCUGCAUAAUUUAUUUUUAAAACCAACUUAAUAAGUAGAAAAAUUAAUUCAUUUUUCAGUGAAACUGUAGAGGAAUUUAAAUACUUUAAACGAGGUAUUUUAUUCUGGUUUGGGGGAAUAGUUUAGAAAAGCAGUGUUAUAUCAGUAAUUUAAGGGAAUGGGGUUUUAUUUUAGUUAAUAAUGAUCUUGUAAAAAAAAAAAUAUAUAUAACAUUUUUUCUAGAAUUAAGUGGUUAAUAGUAUUAUUCAUUAGUUCCCAUUUGAAAGAUAGGUCCCUGCCUCCCCCCCUCCACCACUAAUUACAAGUGUUUUGCAUAAUUCAUGAUCAGAAAAUCUGAUAAGUAAGCUUGUAAGUAUUAAAAUGACAGCUCUUCUUGUUCAGCAUUUUCUGAUUGUCCACUUUAAGUGCAGCUACAUACUUAUUAUGUAUUGCUAUCAUUGUACAUAGUAACAUAGUACAUAACCCUCAGCCCAUAAGUGGAUUGUCUGGCCACACACAAGUAACAUAAGUAUAAAAAAAACUGUAUUAUAAUUACAAAAAUAAUUUGCAUUAAAUAUUUUAUAGCAUUUAAAGGUUCAGAUUAAAAAUUAACAUCCUAUAACUAAAGUAGUCUUCGCAAAGCAUUUAAGACUCUGUAGUUAUGUUAGUAUUAGUUUUCUAAUGCAUAAUCAAAUGUAAUGGGGGGGAAACGUGUACUGUCAUUAUUGCUGUCAUUUAUCUUAAACCUCUUGAUAAAAUUACAUAUUUUACAUCAUUAAUGAAGUUGGUAAGUAAAAUAUCAGAAUUUCCCAAAAUAUUUGGCUGGCUCAUGCCAUUACUUUUCAUCAUAUGCCCUGCACCAAAUGAAUUAAAUAAAUUGUAUCACCAAACCUGUAUGCAGAUUUUUGUUACUGUGACCAAAAAUAUCCUUCACUCAAAAAUUUUUACAUUUAAGUGAACAUAUGAAUGAAUAAUAAUUAAUCAUUUUUGGCCUAACAAAUUAGCUGUUUCGAGAAGAUUGGUUGAAAUAUGGCACCACAUACUGUUUGAAGUUAUUGUUAAGUAUAUCUGCCUUUAACUAUGAUGGUUAUUUAAAAAAAUUAUGUUAGAGUGAUUAUUAAUUUAACAUUUUAUGGACCCAGCAUGAAUCCACUAGAACAAAAAAAAAAUUAAAAA